AUGGGGCUCGCAGGAGUAAAGAACAAACGCAAGAUUGGCGACGAUCCGAACAACACGAAAUGGGCUCGCAACACCCAAAACUACGGCCAUAAGAUCCUUCGUUCGCAUGGAUGGGAGCCGGGCCAAUACCUCGGCCAGAAGGAUGCCGCACAUACCAUGUCGUACACUGCUGCCAGCUCAUCGCACAUCCGGGCCAUUCUGCGUGAAGACAACUUGGGCAUCGGCGCAUCCGGCCCUGGUGCGAACACGGCCAACGAAUGUACGGGUCUCGACAUCUUCAAAGACCUUCUGGGGCGACUCAACGGAAAAUCAGAGGCUGUGAUUGAACAGCAGCGCCAGGCGCGCGAGAACGUCAAGAUGACGCUCUACAUUGAGCGCCGGUUUGGCCCGAUGCGGUUCGUGCGCGGCGGCUUUUUGAUCGGUGACGACGAAACGUCCGAAAACAAAAAAGAGCCAGCAGCUGCGACAGAAGAGACCGCUUCCACGUCCGAAGCAACUCCUUUCUCGUCCGAAUCCGAGGCUGAUACCGAUGAUUCCAAGGAAGCGCGGAGAAAGGCAAAGACGGGGCGCAAAGUGGAGAAGAAGGAAAAGUCACGAAAACGGAAAGCGACCAGCGAUUCUGACGAGGCCGACAGCAGCAAUCAGACACUUGAGGCAGACGACAGUGGCCGGAAGGACAAGAAACGAAAGCGGAGCAAGGAUGACGUCGAUGAGGUCGAGAAAGCCGCGAAGACGAAGAAGACCAAGAAGGAGAAGAAAGAAAAGAAGGAGAAAAAGGAGAAAAAGGAGAAGAAAGACAUGAAGGUAAAGAAGGAUAAGAGUGAUACGAAGGAGAAGAAGGAGAAGAAGCGGAGGCGCGGCGAGGAGUCUGGUGAAUCAACCCCGGCUACGACGGAGACGGGCGAGGAGAUGGACACCGGGACUGCCACGCCGUCUGAGUCGGAGAAAACGGCUGGCGGUGUGCCAUCAACAUUUACGGUGUCUAGCCGUAACCUUGCACGGAGGCGGUACAUCAACCAGAAGCGGGCAGCCGUGGCUGACCCCCAAGCACUGAAGCAGAUUUUUAUGAUAAAAGCAUAA